AUGGCGACCAUAAACUCCUCGACAAACCUAACAGACGAGAGUUCUGGGUAUUAUGCCCAGCUAAUACCAAUCGCGGUGUUGAUUGCCUUCGUUAACGGCGUCGUAUUUGUGCUUUACGCCAAAGACAAACAUCUAAGAACACCAGCUAAUUAUUUGCUGUUCAGUUUGGCAGUAUGCGACUUUAUGACAGGGCUUAUUAAUAUUCCUCUAUUCAUUAUUGUGUUCACAAGAGUAUUUGCUCCUCAACCUGGCAAGAUUUUCGGAUUUUUCGUGGUAGUUCUGCAUAAUAUGGUAAUAGUUUCAGUGGUUUACCACAUCUUCUUAACAACUGCCGAAAGAUAUUUUUCAAUCGUUCACCCGUUUCGUCACCGAUGGAAGAUAACGAAGGGUACAGUUUUGAAGAUUAUUCUUGUUAUUUGGUUGGCUGCCAUCGUGAUAGCUUUCCUGCCUAUCGUGUGGUUUCAUAGGUUCAUUUACUUUCAAGAAAACAUUUCAUCUGUAACUCUACAGAUACAAACGGGUCAUAAUAUAUUCUGCAUGGUUUUUGUGUUUCUUUUGCCAUAUACUGUUAUGGUAUAUUUACAAGUUAUUAUGUUCAGAAAUAUUCAAAGAAGGUCCUUUAAGUUUGGCAAACAAGAAAGAUUAAGCUGUACUGCAGUAAACCGAAAAUUUAACAGCAUGAAGCGAAGUCUGAUCAUUUUCGCGCUCAUGGCUUUUUUUUAUGCUGUUUGUUGGUUUCCUUGGUAUGUGGUCAGCCUCCUCAUCAAUCUCUGGUUUCCUCUUAGUUACGAAGCACAGAUUGUUCUUUCGAAGUUUGCUCAUGCAUUUGUCAUAAUAAGGUAUUAUGCUUCCAUUGUCAAUCCGGCACUUUAUAUAUUUCUUAAAAGGGACUUCUUCGCGUCUUUAAAGUCCAUCGUUCUACGACGUACACCAAAAAGA